UCUCCACUCCCCACUGCCCCACCCACCACCCUCGUUCCGUAUAUCGUACAUUCUCCAUAAUUUCCUAAUACCAUUUUCUUCAUACCCAAACUGCCUAUAUAUCAUCCCUUCCCCCUCUGCUUUUACCACUUCACUAACUCUCUCUCUCUCUCACUCACUUUCUCACCAUGCAGGAAGACAAGAAGAUGAAGGUGAAGAAAGGGUUCUUGGCCGUUCAAGUGGGGUUAGAAGACGAGGACCAAGGUGGUUCCUCUUCUCAGAGAUUUGUGAUUCCCAUCUCAUACCUUUACCACCCUCUCUUCAAGCGUCUUCUCGACAAAGCCCGCGAGGUCUACGGCUACCACACCGAUGGCCCCCUCAAGCUCCCCUGCUCCGUCGACGACUUUCUCCAUCUCCGCUGGCGUAUCCAAAAGGAAUCAACUUCCGAUCAACACCACCAUAACCACACCAACCAUCGCCUUCCACACGCUCUGCACUUUCACUCCUGUUGAGGCCUCUUAAUUUCUCUCUCUCUCUUUCACUCUUUCUCUCUUCAUACACAUAUAGUUGUAGUGCUGUAGCCAGCUUCUUAGUUAGGGAAUUGACGCCACCGCUCUGUGUUUUAUUGUUCAGAGGGAAACUUAAUUGAAACAAUUUCGCUUCCGAUUCUUUUCUUUUCCUCCUUCAACUCUUGCUUUUUAGUCUCUUCAUCGCGGAAACUUCUUUCUUUUUCGUCUCUGUUCGACCCUGCUUCUUCGGGACAAAACCUUCGGACUGUAUGAAAAUUUUGUGACGGUAAAUACUAGAAGUUCCUUUGUUUUUCCUUUAAUUUCUCGGACGCUUCCGGAUAAUAUCGAAAUAUGUUGGAAUUCUCCUUUAACUUUUUUCUUCCCAUGUUUUUGGGUAUGCUGAUCAUUGUUUCUGCUUCAAAGUUCAAGAGUAAAGAUGUGAAGGAUGAA